AUGAGUGUGAGUCCUAUUAAGUCGGUCCAGGGACAUAUUCACCAGAGUUUGUCAGCUAUAAGGUCGAAUGCCCACGAUCAUGUUCAUGCCGUAACUUCCAACAAGUCCGACAUUAGGCCAAUUGAUGUCAAUAAGGCAGAGGAUGACGUUGAUUUUUUGGCCCAGAUAGGGUAUAAACAAGAAUUGAGUAGAACCUACUCCACGAUACAAGUGUUUGGAAUUGCGUUUUCAAUUAUGGGGUUGUUACCGUCAAUUUCAACAACAUUAAGUACUGGGGCGGAAUUUUCCAUGGUCGGAAUUGUUUGGGGUUGGUUUGUUGCAUGUAUUUUCAUUGAAUGUGUUGGUAUAUCACUUUCUAUGCUUGCAUCUUCAAUUAGUACCAGUGGAGCUUUGUUUUACUAUGCAAAUUAUUAUUGUUCAGAUAGUGCUCGAGUUCCUCUUAGUUAUAUUAUUGCAAUUUCAAAUACUCUAGGGUUAUGUGGAGGUAUCUGUUCGAUUACUUACGGGUUUGCCGGACAAGUAUUGGCUGCUGCUUAUAUGACGGUGGAUGGAUCUUUCACGAUUACCAGUGGUAUUGAAUACGGGGUUUACGCUGCCGGUAUCUUAUUAACUGUUUUAUUAUGUGUGGCUUUCACCCGUCACAGUGCCUUAUUGCAAUCUAUUUCAAUCUAUAUCAAUUGCUUUAUAAUUGUUUUAUUUUUCAUUGCCGUCCCCAUUGGUGCUAGUAAAUAUGGUUUUAAUGACGGGGCCUUUAUCUUUGGUAAUGCUACUAAUUUGAGAACCUGGACUCCCGGUUGGUCUUUUGUUCUUUCUUUAAUGCCGGCAAUAUGGACCAUUGGUGCCUUUGAUUCUUGUAUGCACAUGUCUGAAGAAUGUAAAAACCCUCAAAAGAAGGUUCCUAUUGGUAUAAUCGGUUCAAUCACUGCUUGUGCUGUUAUUGGUUGGUUUAUUUGCAUUGUCUGUGCUGCCACAAUCAAAGAUGGUGAUGUUAGUAGAGUCUUAGAAACUAACACUGGGUCUUUCAUGGCUCAAAUCAUUUAUGACGCUUUAGGAAGAAAAUGGGCCAUUGCUUUUAUUUCUUUAAUCAGUUUGGCCCAGUUAACCAUGGGGGUUAGUUUACUUGUGGCCGCAAGCCGUCAGACUUUUGCCUUUGCAAGAGAUAAAGGUCUCCCAUUUAUCUAUAAUUACGUCAAGUACGUAAACCCAAAAUAUAAAGUCCCAGUUAGAGCAGUCAUCUUCGAUGGUAUUUUAUGCUUGGUGUUGGGCUUACUUAUUCUCAUUGACACAACUGCUGCUAAUGCCUUGUUCUCCUUGGCUGUCGUUGGGAAUCAAUUGGCCUGGGUGGUGCCAGUUCUUUUGGUCUUAUUGCCCGUUGGUAGAUCAAGAUUUGUCCCUGGUCCUUUCUAUUUGGGCCCCGUUUUGUCCACCAUAAUCAACACAAUCACUGUGCUGUGGGGUAUCUUUGUCAUGAUCUUUGCCAUGUUCCCUGACUCCAAAUCGGUUACCAAAGAUACUAUGAAUUAUACUUGUGUUAUCAAUAUGGGUAUCUGGCUACUUGCUUUACUCUACUAUUAUGUCUACGGAUACACUCAUUACUCCGGCCCUGUUUCCAAUCUUGACGAAGACGAUCCUGACUCCAGCAUUGAAGGCCGUCCUGUUCAUAACAUUGACUCUGCCAUUGCUGAAAAGAUAUAG